CACGCAUAUAAAAAAUCGUCGAGAAGUCUCGCCCAGCCGCCUUCCUGUCGCGCCCGAGCUUCGAAAUCCUCGCGAAGGAAAAAGCCGUCUGUCUUCUGCCUUCUGCCGCCUCGUCCUGGAUCAACCGCCGAAAUGCAGCCCUCCAGCCUGCUCAAGUCCGCUUUUCUGCUUUCCAUGCUCUCGCAGGGUGCCCUCUCCGCCAGCAUCCACGCUGGCGGCGUGAACCUCACCAUGACCUAUCCCGACUACGGCGUGCCUCCACUCCGCCCCGAGUGGAACAAGUACCUCGGCACUUUCAAGGCCGACCACACACCCGACAUCAUCCAGUGUCUGCGUUCUGGCGAAUGGGGCCAAACCUUCGAUGAUGGACCCGGUGCCCCCACGAACCAGCUCCUGGACUACCUGCAGCAGCAAAACAUCACCGUCACCUUCUUUAUCAUCGGCGCCAAUGCCGUCGCGGCUCCAAACACAGUCAAGCGUGCCUUUGAUCUUGGCCACCAGAUUGCCAUUCACACUUGGAGCCAUCCCCACAUUCCAACCUUGACCGAGGCCGGCAUUGUUGCCGAGCUCCUGUGGACCGCGCAGGUCCUGACCGACAUCAUCGGCGUUACUCCCGUCUACAUGAGACCUCCAUACGGCGAGAUCGAUGCCAAGAGCCGCAACGUCAUUCGCGGACUCGGCUUCAUCCCAGUCAUCUGGAGCAACGACUCUUCCGACUGGGAUGACACCGUCUCCGUCGAGUCUGUCAAGUCCGAGGUCGACAGAUGGGCCUCCGAUACCAGUCGUCCACCGGCCAUUGGCCUGGAGCACGAUCUCAAUGACCGCGAAGCUCAGUUGGCUCGAUACAUCAUUCCCAAGCUCAUGUCUGGUGGAUACAAACUCAAGCCGGUCGCCGAGUGCCUGGAUGAUCCUCUCCCUUACCGCCGUGGUCUCGAUCCCACUGCCGAACGAGUUGGUCGCUCGGCCGCUAUUGCCCCAUCGUCGUCGUCUGCUCUGCCGUCGACAACAUCCGCGGCCGCUUCUAUCUCUGCCUCCGGCACCACCAUGCCCACCGCUACUCCUGCUGCCCAGGGUGUUCGAGUCAGCAGCUCGACUCGCACUCAGGUCGGACUGUCCCUGGCUUUCUUGGUUGCCGGGCUUGCCUUCCUGGCGCAAUUCUAGAAGCCUGUAGUUCAGCAAUCAUCAGCAUCACCAUGAAACGAGCCCGCCAUAUUCCAAAAAUCACAUCAGCAUUGUCUCGUUUAGACCAACCACUAUUUACAGCGCCAGUCGCCCAUCUUCCACGACAUAUGGGUGUGACUAUGAUGUUCUCAGACACCGCCCCUCUAAUACAUGCACCUCAUGUGUGGUUUGCUGCCCCUUCCUUUGGGACUGCGGAUCCAACGGUGGGGCCAACCGCAGGCGGUGCCUUCUCUCUCUCGCCUAUCCCCCUCUUCUCAACUUUUGUCUUUCUCCAUCCCGAUUCCUCAAUCACUUCGUUCUUGGAUUUCGACCAUUCGAUCGUUCAUCGUGGUUGCUGAUCAAUGUUUGAUCAUAUGGCCAAUGCGCCUCUAUCUAUCUCCUGUCCUCACCCCUUGGUGUGGGCACCUCUUCCAGUCAAUACAAUCAACUUCUUCCAUUUUCACAA